AGCAGCCGGGCGCCGCGGACGGCAUUCCUCCCGCAACGAACGCGCUGGAUAUCGAUGUAAACACGGCGGGACGGACGCGGAUGCCCGAGCCACGGCCUUUCCCUGCGGACUUCUCUUCCUCGACUUGAAAAGACGCCCCUUGGCACAGCGCGAGUGGAACCAUGGAGGAGCCGGUGCCCAACCAAGAUGACUCCAUAUCCCUGGACACGGCGGUGUUUGUGUUCUCCCUCUUCGACACGGGAGCGCUGCUGUUUCUGCUAGUCUACUAUGUCAUUACACUGUCAGAUUUGGAAUGUGAUUAUCUUAAUGCUCAGCAGUGCUGCUACAGACUGAACAUUUGGGUGAUCCCCAAGAUGGUCGCACACUUUCUCCUGUCAGUGGUUUUCCUUCUGACGGGCCACUACUACCUCUUCCUGGCAUCACUACCGCUGGCUGUCUUCAUCCUGCGCGAAUACAUCAAGGUACCCAAGGGAAACUUUGGAGUAUAUGAUCCCACAGAGAUACACCGUAUGGGGCAGUUGAAAAACCACAUGCGGGAUGCUGUCAUUGGUCUUGCCUACUACCUGAUCUUCUUCUUCAUAUAUCUCUACUGUUUGCUAACGCAUCUUCUGAGAUCCAAUCCAGUUCCCAAGCCCGACUUGUCUGAUGACACAGGAUUUUAAGUAUGUAUGUUCGGUCAAGCUGUCCAUUCAUCAUGUGCAUAAAGCACAGGGAUAUUUUGAUUUAUUGAUUAUUGUAUUUUUUUAUGUGAAUUAUAAAUGUGAAGUCCAGAAGUUUCUUCAAGAUGGAAAAUAUUGAAAACUGCCCAGAACAAACAAAAACAUUUCAGUAUUUGGCCUUGAAACAUUUUACUGUCAGAGACUUUAACCAUCUUUGAAUGAUUCAUGAAAAGGUUAUUUAUUACAAUUCUAUAAGAAGGGUAUUGGCCAAAUGUGCAAAUGAAUAAUGUAGGAUUCAAUUUACUGCAGAAACAAAGAAGAGAGAGAGAGUACAAGAACUGAUAGUAUGGAAUGUAUGAUGGGCCUUUGUGUUCUGUUUCAAUAAGGAGGAAUGACUUUGAAAUUUGCAAAAUCUAUACUCAGUGUACUUUGAGCAUAUAUCCAGGUUGAGUUUUUGCUUUUGAUUUAUGUAGUGUAUUUUUCAGAAUAAAAAAAGGCUAUAAUUUUGAGUUAGUGACUGAAUUCAUAUUUUUUCCUUCUUUAGUUUCAUUUUGGUAUAAUUGACUAUUAUGGACAUUACUAUUCAACAGUAUGUAAUUACAGCAAUAUAUAUAAUAUUUCAGAUGUUAAAUUUUGCCAUUUGCUACCAUGAUCCUUUUCAAUAUUUUAUUUGUUUAUUUAAGGAACAGAAUGGGAAUAGAUCUCAUAAUGAACAGACUACCAUUAAUUUCAAUCUUUAAGACUAUUUACAGAAAGAGGUCUGAUAUUUCUGUGCUCAAAGGGAUUUGGUUUUAAGUAUCAGAUUUUAUAAUGGCAGUAGGAAUAGCUUUACUGUGAUUUUUUUACCAGCAAUGCUGCCACUUUUGGUUAAUAGUACUGAUAAAAAAGACAGUAGAAUUGUUAUUAUAUCUUAGGUGAUAUUCUGGGGGAAGAUUGAUUGUCAAAAGUAAAAGCUACGAGACUGAAAUAACAGAAGGCAAUUACUAUACCAAAGAACUUUUUAAGAAUAAGAUAUUUAAUCCAUACUAUGAGAUCCAUGUGAUGCAAAUAUUAUGUUUUAGAUUCUAGACAAGGUAGAGGACACAAAUAAAGAAAAAAAUGCAUAUUCUUGACCUUAAGAUGCAGUUGCUUUAGCAAAUGAAAUGGGUAAGUGGCACUUCUUCUCAGGAGGGAUACAAAAGGACCAGGUUAUUAGAGAAGUCACUGGGGUUGUCAAUAAAAAAAAUAUUAGACUUAGACACCAUAGGCCUAAACUUUAGCUAAAGGUAUUCAUUGGUGAGAUUUCUUAUGUAAUGCUUUAUGAAUACUAUUGCGAGAUACCUUAUACAAAAUGGAUAUGUGGUCACUUGUGAUUUUUGGUUUUGGAACCUGUCUGGGGUUCUCAGUAUUUGCUUUGUACAUGAAUGAAAACAUGACCUUACAUGCAUGCUACUAUGAGUGUGCAAACAUAGGCAGAGCCUUUCUAAAUACAGCACUUAUACAUUGACAUACAUACAUACCUUGCUGCAAACAGAUGCACUCAGACAUUCACACAUAUGGCACAUGUGUAUUUCAAUCAAAAUGUGUGUGUGUGUGUGUGUGCAUGUGUGCGUGUGUGUGUGAGUGAGUGAGUGAGUGAGUGAGUGAGUGAGUGAGUGAGUGAGUGAGUGAGUGAGUGAGUAUGCGUGUAUAUGUGUGCGUGUAUAUGUAUGCGUGUGUAUGCGUGCGUGUGUGCGUGUGUGCGUGUAAAGACAUACACAUGGAUCUGUAUUAUUUCAGAAAUUUAGUUGUCCAUAUUGCCAUAAGUAAUUGUUACAAGAAUAUAUGUAAGAUGUGUAUCACAGGAGCAGCAAAGAACUGACUGCAAUUUUCAUAAACUGGUAAUCAGGGUCACAGAUAACAUAAGAGAUCUCCCUCGUGCAGCUUGCUUGAUAAAAUCAUUUGUUUCACUUUUUUGCUCAAUGGGGAGAAGUGUGACAGUAUUAUUUGGAAGGGAAACUUGCAGGUCCCUUGGGCAUUUAUUUUAUAUGUACUGAUACUGUUAUUAAUUGUUACAUGUUAAAUCAUAGCACAGUUAGUCAGAGAUGUUUGUUAUGAAUGAGGUCAUUCAGAAGCAAGAUUUCUGAGAUGUCACUGCACUGUUGUUCACAAACCAAGGAAUGGACAGUGGCUUGUAUCAUUUUCCCCAUUCAUUCACUCAUUUCCCGUAAAUGCCAUAUCCAAUCAAAUAAUGACAAGAAAGGAGAUGAAAAACACUCGCAAAUCUCACAGAUCAUUUAGUUAACACUCCUGUGUAUGAUGAUGUUUAUUUUUUGUUAGCAUGAAUGUAAGUUGGUUGUCUGAAGUUUUGACUACUAUCAGUUUGAUCAACCAUAUUUUAUUUUGGUUUAUUGUAAUGCACUGCAGUUUAUGAGAACUAGUGAUGCUUUGGAACAUCUUAAUAGAGAUAUUAAGAGAUUUUGCAGUCUUUGUUAAUAAUAUUUGCAGUCUUUGUUAAUAAUGUCUGUUAAAUGUGAAAUAAUAUCUUUGUAAGAAAAAAACUAUAAACUUAAUCUCCUACCUAAGUGUAUGGCAUCCAGAUGUUUUCAGAUCUAAAAGUUAGUAUAUGUAAGGAAAGUCUUUUUUUUCUUUUGUAAAUGCGAUUGGUACUGAAAUUGUAAUUGUAAUUUCCUAGGAAGAUCUAGUCCCCUUGCACUUCUUAAUUUUAAAAAAUUUAAGGAAAAGCAAAUUCAUUCAUUCUUGAGAGUGAAGACCAUAUUAUCUUUUCUUUAAGGUUGUGUACAUUUAUGUGUCUGUUGUAGAAAACGUACAAAGGUGGAGUAAGUUAAUUAAGCUGGUAGGGCCAUACCAUUUUUUUCUAUUGCUGGACAGAUAAACAUGUAAAAUCUCCUUUUCACUGUCUCUGAUUUGCAAAUAGUGGAAUUGCAGCAGAUAUAUUUUAGUAAUGUCAGGAAAUGUGCAUGAAUUUUUUUGUAUCAAGAUGAGGGUUACUGAGCUAAAACAGAUUAAUUCUUGUGAUAAGCUUGUAAUGUUUGCAGAUUUCAGUGAAUCAGGAAAGAAGAAAAGACUGGUAGAUACAUAACACAGAUUAAUGAUAUUGAUAAUGAAAAUCCUGGUUAAUGAUACAGGAUAUGGCAUUAAGGUAAUUUUUUUUCUCUUUAUCCUGGUGUCUAAUUUUAGCUUGAGUAUUGUAAUAAGUAGCUUCCAACUUCUGCUGACAUGACAAUCUUAUCAUUCCAGGGUUUUCUGCCCUAGAGCUUGUUAUGACUAUUUUUGGUCUAGGUUUAUAUUAUUAUAUUUUAGAUGCUGCAGUACACCUCACUUAAUUGUAGGAACAUGUCAGAAAUGAUUUCACGUUUUAUUGUUCGAGAUAAUAAACAUCAGUUGUGGUCUUUAGAUAAUUAACCCUUUGGUGCAGGGUACAUGCACUGCCUACUGUGCUCUUGUUUUAUUACUUUGUUCACACUUAGAUGGCUUUACAAGUGCUGAGUCAUCAAUGAGUCAAGUACUAGGUCUGCCAAAGCUCACCUUUUAACCCCUUCCAUGAAUUUUCUGAAAUUUUUAUUUGCAUUAUUUUUUAAUCAGUAUUAACAUUAUCAUCAUCAUUAUCAUUUCCAUUAUCAUAUUAUUAUAUUAACAGUAAUAAAGACAAAGGGUGAACAAGUUACUUCACGUAUGCUUUGUUAUUGACUCCCUAGAAGCUAAUAAAACAAAACCACAGUGAGCAGUGCAUGUGUAAAUGCACUUCUGGCAUCAUUGGUUUAAGUCAGUGCUUUUGAGUAAGAUUAUAUUAACACUGCAUUAGUAAAGACCUGGACAGAAGUGUGUAGGCAUGGUGGUACACAUUUUGAUACCUCCAAGUUAAGAAUUGAGUGACCUCUGAAAGAUUACUUUCAGAGUGAAUAGGAACUUUCUUAUAAUUACAAUCUCAUAUGAAUAUGAAUAAUGAUAUUGUUAUUAUUACAGUAUAUUUUAUCAUUGCUCAUAAUGGUCAUGGAAGAGAAAUAUAUUACAGUACUUAUGAAAGCUUUGCAUGGAUUGUACUUAUCAAAAAUCCAAAUUAUCAAUGUAAUAUCAGUUAAAUAUGCAACAUAGUAUGCUGACAUGAGUUUAGAAAGUGGUAAGGAAGAAGUGAAUAUUUAACAAGUUCAGAAAUAUAGAAUAUUUACUAACUGUAAUUUGGUGAAAUUUAAUUGUGUAAUGAACAUCAAUCCUGUGUAUUCUUAUGAAGGUGUAAUAAAUGUUUUAUGUAAAAAUGUGAUUUAGGCAUAAAACUAGUCAGUGUGAACUUUUGAUGUUUUUCCUAGUUUUAGAUAUACUAAAUUGUUUAUUAUCAGAUUUUAAUCAAAUUAAUGUAUAACAUAUUAUCCUAUAUUUGUGAGGAAGGUUGUUGAGGUGCCACAAAUACAGCGCAAUAUUAUUUAAUUUUAUUGAUAAUUUAAGGUGUACAAGCAGCAUUUCCUGAAGGUUUAAUAAAUUCACAUACAUAAA